UUGUUUACUGGCGGAGAGGCUGUGAAGAAGAAGAAGAAGAAGAAGAAGAAGAAUCCUACAGGAGCGACACUGUACAACCUACCUCUGUCUGCAGGAGAAAAACAACUCCUAAACUUUAUCUCGACCUACUUCUCUCUCAUUCUGAUACUUCAAGCCCGAGUGUGGUAACAGGAGCGUCAACACAACUCGCAACAUAAACAUUAGUAUUUACGUUCUGUUCCUGAAAAGAAGAGAAGAGCGGAGAGCUGCGAAGCCACGAAGCCCGUCUGUCAACCUUCCAGAGAGGGAGAGAGAGAGGAGAUCUUCGCUGAAAUCUCUGCACUGACUGAAGAGGAGUUGUCUCUCUGGAGCUAAAGAACAUUAUUUCACCGUCGAAAUAAACCGACUGUGGUGGUUUGUGCUCGCUGCAGAGCUUGAGAAUCGUGUGUUUUUUUUUUUUUUUUUUUUUUUUUUACGAGAGACACGCUAACGUUACGCCACGCAUGCCACAAUCACCGAGUCAGCAGCAAAACGGCUCCGAAAUAUCCCUCUAAAUUAAAGUUUAACGGUCGCCUUUUACUACGAUUUCCCCCGCAUGCAACGUAUGUCUUGUUAUCGGGAAUAUGCACUGCGGUGGUGCGGUGUGCGCGGCGUUUCUUAAAGUUGACAUUAAAUUGAGACAGUUGCUGUGAAAAGCAGCUCAAACUUCACUUGUGGCCUUGGACUACAGUGGUGGAGCUAAGGCUAGCUUAGCUUAGCUGUCUGCUAGCGCCGUUAGCUUCUUCUCGGAACAGCAAGUCUGUUUUUUUGUUUUGUUUUUUUUCCCCCCUCGGACACAGACACACUCAACCGGAACAGUUUGUCCAUUAAGGACGCAGAGGGGACACGUAUGCCCCGUGGUGGGUGUUAACGGUGCUUUCUCCAUGAGGUGGCUAACUUUAGCAGCAGCAGCGAUGUUAGCUUGUGUUUGAUUGAACACGUUGGACUCGUUCCUCCGCCCAUCUUCCGGGAUGUCUUUUAUUUAUUGUUGUUUACCUGUUGGCCCACGUCGCAAAACAAAACCAAUUUCCUGAAGGUAUUUCUCCUCCAGUCUGAACUGUCCUCCUCGACAAAGGAUUUACUCUGCCUUUGAGCCGGAAUAGUGCUGGAUGGCGUGUUAUUCCGACUCAGUCAUGAGGCUCCGGACUUUGUGUUUUGUUUUGACCGCUGUCUGCUUUGUGAUGAGCUGUCCUCGAGCGAGCGGAGAGGUUUGUCCAAGCAAGGACAUCCGCAACAAUGUGAACAACCUACGCACGCUAGAGAACUGCACUGUUAUCGACGGCCACCUGAAGAUCCUACUCAUGUUCAGGACCAAGCCCGAGGAUUUCCGAGGCCUCAGUUUCCCCAAACUCACGGUGGUCACCGACUACCUGCUGCUCUUCAGAGUUUACGGCAUGGAGACCCUCAGCGAUCUCUUCCCCAACCUAACCGUCAUCAGAGGCAACAACCUGUUCUUCAACUACGCCCUCGUGAUGUUCGAGAUGCUCCAGCUGCGAGAGAUCGGCCUCCAUAGCUUGAUGAACAUCACCCGGGGAGCCGUGAGAAUCGAGAAGAACCCAGAUCUCUGCUAUCUGUCCACUCUGGACUGGUCCAAGAUCCUCGACACGGUGGAAGACAACUACAUCAUGGCCAACAAGAACGGCCGAGAGUGCGGCGACGUGUGUCCGGGGGUGGCCAUCGGAAAGACCACCUGCCAGACCACCACCAUCAACGGACACUUCAGUGAACGCUGCUGGACGCAGGACCACUGUCAAAGAAUGUGCCCUGUUCAGUGUAAGCAUCGAGCCUGCACCAUGGACAACCAGUGCUGCCACGACCAAUGCCUGGGCGGCUGCCUGAAGCCCCACUCGGCCGGUCACUGCGUGGCCUGCCGCGGCCUCCAGCACGAGGACGGCUGUGUGGAGCGCUGCCCCGAAAACCGCUUCGUCUACAAGAGCUGGCGCUGCGUCUCCUUCGCCUUCUGCCAGGACCUCCACAACAAGUGCAAGCGAGAGAAGGAGCACAGCAAGCACCCCGACUGCCACGAGUACGUCAUCCACAACGGUGCCUGCAUCCCCGAGUGUCCCUCCGGCUACACGACCGUCAACUCCUCCUCGAUCAACUGCACUCCCUGUGCAGGGCUUUGUCCCAAGGUAUGUAUGGGUUACAGCCUUGUGGACUCUGUCACGACUGCCCAGGCUUUGAGAGGCUGCACUGUUCUUAAUGGGAGCCUGGUCAUCAACAUGCGUAGAGGAAACAACAUAGCAGCUGAACUGGAGGCCAGCCUGGGCCAGCUGGAGGAGAUCACUGGCUACCUGUCAGUGCGACGUUCCUACGCCCUCGUAUCCCUCUCUUUUUUCCGCAAACUCCGUGUUAUUCAUGGAGAGGAAUUGGACAUCGGGAAUCACUCGUUCUAUGCCCUGGACAACCAGAACCUGCGGCAGCUCUGGGAUUGGUCCAAACACAAGCUGACCAUCCUGCAGGGACGCAUGUUUUUCCACUACAACCCCAAACUCUGCAUGUCUGAGAUCCGCAAGAUGGAGGAGGUGACGGGGACCAAGGAGCGGCAAGUCAAGAACGACAUCGCCUCCAAGACCAACGGAGACCAGGCAUCAUGUGAAAACCAUCUGUUGAAGUUUACCCAGAUUCGAACCAUGAGCGAUAAAAUAAUGGUCAAGUGGGAACCCUUUUGGCCUCCAGACUUCAGAGACCUGCUGGGCUUCAUGGUGCUCUACAAAGAAGCACCUUUUCAGAACGUAACCGAGUUUGACGGGCAGGACGCCUGCGGCUCCAACAGCUGGGCGAUUGCUGACGUGGACCCUCCGCGACGAGCCACAGAGGGGGACAAAGAGCAGUCUGAACCGGGUCAUCUCAUCCUGCCACUGAAGCCCUGGACGCAGUACGCCAUCAUGGUGAAAACCCAGCUGUCGGCCUCUGACGAGCACCAGGUCCACGGAGCCAAGAGCGAGAUCAUCUAUGUUCGCACCAACGCCACCAAACCGUCUGUCCCGCUGGACCCCAUCUCCUCGUCCAACUCGUCCUCCCAGAUCAUCCUCAAGUGGAAAUCUCCCAAUGACCCCAACGGAAACAUCACUCACUACCUGGUCUUCUGCCAGCGCCAGCCUGAAGCCAGCGAGCUCUACAAGUUUGACUACUGUCAGAAGGGAAUGAAGUUGCCGUCGCGGGUGCCCACUCAGGUGGACAGUGACGAGGAGCAGAAGUGGAACCAGACGGAGGAGCAGGGCCAGGGGACCCGAUGCUGCGGCUGCCCCAAAACCGACAAGGAGCUCAAGAAGGAGAAAGAGGACUCAGAGUACCGGAAAACCUUCGAGAAUUACCUCCACAAUGAAGUCUUUGAGAUCAAACGCUCGAGACAGCGGCGUUCAGUGAUGGGCAUCGCCAACUGGACACUACCCUUCCUCACCACCGCCCCCAGCCCGCCCCAGGGCACGGGCAUCCCAGAGGACGAGGAAGCCUUUGAAAGCACAAAGACCGUGGUCUAUGUCCACACCAAGGAGUCCACCGUCAUCUCCAACCUGCGCCACUUCACCAGCUACCAGAUUGAGGUGCACGCCUGCAACCACCCGACCGACCCGGCCCGCUGCAGCAUGGCAGCAUAUGUCAGCGCCCGCACAAUGCCCGAAGACAAAGCUGAUGACGUCCGCGGUCCCAUCAGUUACGAGGUGACGGAAAAUUUAGUGCACAUCACGUGGCAAGAACCGGUGUCCGCGAAUGGUAUGAUCAUCCUGUAUGAGGUCAACUACAAGAGACUGGGAGACACGGAGGAGCUUCACUACUGCGUGUCAAGGAACACGUACAAAGUGGCCCGUGGCUGCAAGCUGAAAGUGAUGCAUCCUGGGAACUACACAGUGAGGAUCCGGGCCACCUCCCUGGCCGGGAACGGAUCCUGGACCGAGCCCACGUACUUCUACGUCCAGGACGCAAGUGAUCCUCUCUACGUCCUGAAGAUCGUCAUCGGACCCAUCAUCUGCUUUGUGCUGCUGCUGAUUGUGUCUGUGACAGGAUUCCUCAUGUUCAAGAAGAAUCAAACUCAAGGGCCUAGUGGUCCCAUCUACGCCUCUUCAAAUCCAGAGUAUCUCAGUGCUAUGGAUGUGUAUGAGGAGGACGAGUGGGAGGUGGGCAGAGACAAGAUCAACAUUUUGAGGGAACUGGGUCAGGGCUCUUUCGGCAUGGUCUACGAGGGCAUCGCCAAGGACAUCAUCAAGGGCGAGGGGGACACGCACGUCGCGGUGAAGACUGUGAACGAGUCGGCCAGCCUGAGAGAGAGAAUCGAGUUCCUGAACGAGGCCUCGGUCAUGAAGGCCUUCAACUGCCACCAUGUGGUGCGUCUGCUGGGUGUUGUGUCUAAAGGCCAGCCCACCCUGGUUGUGAUGGAGCUGAUGACCCACGGAGACCUGAAGACCUUCCUGCGCUCCCUGCGACCUGACGCUGAGAACAACCCCGGGCGUCCACCGCCCACUCUGAAGGAGAUGAUCCAAAUGGCCGGUGAGAUCGCAGACGGCAUGGCUUACCUUAACGCCAAGAAGUUUGUCCACAGAGACCUGGCAGCCAGAAACUGCAUGGUAGCUCACGAUCUUACCGUCAAGAUAGGAGACUUCGGUAUGACCAGGGACAUCUACGAGACCGACUACUACAGGAAGGGAGGGAAGGGCCUGCUGCCCGUCAGGUGGAUGGCACCCGAGUCCCUGAAGGACGGAGUCUUCACUGCACAUUCAGACUGCUGGUCGUUCGGGGUCGUGCUGUGGGAAAUCAGCACGCUGGCCGAGCAGCCGUACCAGGGCCUGUCCAAUGAGCAGGUCCUCAAGUUUGUCAUGGACGGGGGCAUCCUGGACCGGCCAGACAACUGCGCCGACAGACUACAUAACCUGAUGCAGAUGUCUUGGCAGUACAACCCCAAGAUGCGUCCCGCAUUCCAGGAGAUCAUCGAGAUGCUGCGCGAGGACUUGCAUCCUUGCUUCCGGGAGGUCUCCUUCUUCUACAGUGGGGAGAACAAGCCGCCCGAGACCGAAGACUUUGACCUGGACAUGGAAAACAUGGAGAGCAUCCCGCUGGACCCGUCGUCCUACUCCCAGAGGGAACAGUGUUCAGACAGGGACGAGGCCUCGCCGAUGGGCCUGAGGGGCAGUUACGAGGAGCACCACAUCCCGUUCACACAAAUGAACGGGGGAAAGACCAACGGACGAAUACUGGCCCUGCCGCGGUCCAGCCCCUCCUAACACACUGCGCACAUCCCGCGCAAACAUGUCAUUUCUAUAGAUUUGAAUAUAUUUUUGUGUUUUGUUGUCAUUUUAUAUAGAUCACACUUGUAGCACUCUCUCUACAGGAGCCCCUCAGUGCAUAUCUCAGGACUUAUUUUUCUCAUCAGAUCCCACAAACUCACACUACAGCAAGUCCACACAUGGAUACCAGAAGACACUUUUAUAUAUAUAUAUAUAUAUAUAGCCAAGUUUGUGCUAGACUGGGUGGAUACAUGGAUUCAACUGUGAAACAAACUCUUGACAAACAAGAAGGCUGCUAACCCCCCACUGUCCCUCCCCGUGCCCAGACUUUGUCCCUCUCCCCUGAUUCAACAAGAGGCUUCAUCCCCCGGGUUGCUACGUUUUGGGGGCAAAAAAAAAAAGUGCCCUUCUAUUCUAUAUCUGUGGCCUACUCUAAUCGUCAUGGACCUGUGUCUGAAUCUUUGUACACAAGCGGAUGACGAACCCGAAGACGGUAGACUUUGGAAAAUGUUGGACGGUCAAAGACGGCCCACCCUCGAACAAGCUCUUAUCCACUGGAGAAGCUGGUUGAAGUGGCUUACCUCCUCACACUCUGCAGUAUUCCAAACAUGGCACACAGGAUAAACACAGAACUUUUGUUGGGUUAUAUUUUUUUUAAUUUAUUUUUCUUGUCUUUCUUUCUUUCUUUUCUUUUCCCUUUUUUGGGGGGGGGGGGGGGGGGGUUCACAUUUUCAGCUGAAGGAUAUUUAAACUGUUUUCAAAAACAUGUUGGUGAACGAGUUCCUCAGAUUGACCAAUAGCUGCUUCUUUGGUAUAUUUUAGUGGGUAUAGAAGAUAAAAAAAUAUAUAUAUAUAAAUAUAUAUAUAUAAAUAUAUUGUUGAUGUUUUUGUACAUAGCUGAUAUGUUGUCAUUCUUGAGGUAUUUACGGUCCUAGAAAAUGUUUUUACAUGUUAGUCUCUUAUGUUUAUUUUUUCUAAUCCAGAGAAUCAUACUAAUUCGCUUUUUUGGACUCACGAUCAACCAACAGCACUUGGUCUCUUUGGCUACGCGGCGCCCGGUAGAAGGAGUGUUUGGCGUCUUCAGCUUAAGAUGUCUGCCCAUCAUAUCAAGAUCAAAUAAAAUAGUGCUGUAAAUAAUGCAGCGAUGUGCAUUCACGAAGACGCUCCCGUAGUGAAUCUGUUAUUUUAACGUGUUUUAUUAAGGCGGUCUUCUUCUUCAGCUUAUGUUGAGAUUGUUCUGUGUAUAUGUGAAGGUAAGUUGUGCUUUUAUCUCAGUGACACAUUUAAAACCUAGUUUACAUACAAAGUAGAGCCUGGGUGAGUUGUGAUAUUUGUGGAUAAAAGAGAAACCCUUUGACUUAUUGAAAUUUUAUAAACAACUACUCAACACUACACAAAUGAAUACUUUUGGCAAUUAUUUUAGAGUUUUAAUAAAGGUAUAUACAGAGGAAAGGAAAUGUACCUUUUACAUACUGAUAUUUCACAGAUGAUUAUGAGAAUGACAUUUAAUUCUGAAUAACUUUCUCCAGAAUUGCAAUCAUAUGAUUAAGAACUCAAAUACAACAUCUCGGAUAAAUCAAAGUGCCACCAAUAAAAUGUUUAUGUACAGCAA